AUGGGUGUCACAGACAUUGACGACAAAAUUCUCAAGCGAGCAAAAGAGCAAAACGUGAGCUUUCAGACACUUGCUAGAGAGCAGGAGAUGCAGUUUUUUCAAGAUAUGGCAAAGCUUUAUGUAAAGCCCCCAACGGUCAUUACCAGAGUUAGUGAACAUUUGCCAGAAAUUGUGAAAUAUGUCGAGGAGAUUGAGAAAAAAGGGUUUGCGUACAAGGCAACGGACGGCUCUGGGGUGUACUUUAGUACACAAAAAUUAGGAAAAGGCUAUGGAAAAUUAGAUCCAAGACGACAGACGCUAGACGAUGCAGAAAUGAAGGCUGAAGCGAUGGUGGUAAUGGACGAGAGGCAAAUUAUGGAAGAAGAAGAAGAAGACAAAGUGAAGAAAGACCCGAAAGAUUUUGCAUUAUGGAAAACAGCUUUGAAUGUAGAUGAACCGGCAUGGCAAUCACCGUGGGGAAUGGGAAGACCUGGGUGGCAUAUUGAAUGUUCGGCAAUGACGCAUCAUGUGCUCGGAGAUAGACUGGAUGUGCACACGGGUGGAGUGGACCUGCGUUUUCCUCAUCACAACAAUGAGAUUGCACAGUGUGAAGCGCAUAACUAUGGACCUCAGUGUGAGCAUGAUAAAGAGUGGUGCAAACACUUUGUGCACUUUGGACACUUGUAUAUUCGCGGAAGGAAAAUGUCCAAGUCGCUGAAGAACUUCAUUUCAGUGAAGGAUUUUUUGAAUGAUGGACACACGGCGGAUCAUUUCCGCCUAAUUUGCCUGCAGUUUAAGUACCGCUCAAAUUUAAUCUACUCGGAGGAUCGAGUACGUGAUGCAGAAGUAGUAAUCACUCGUUUGAGAUGCUUUUUUCGAAAUGUUAUGGCAUAUGGCAGUAAUCGUGAUAUUUGUAGCAGCGAUACUAAAAUUAAAGGAAUCAAGUCAAAACGCUGUGAGAAACAAGACCUGGAAGUGUUAGACGCACUGUUCACGACCCAAGCACAGGUGGACGAAGGUUUAUUGGAUGAUUUAGACACGCCACGCGCCCUAUCACUUGUAUUGAACCUGAUAUCGCGUGGAAACACGUACUUGCUGGCACACCGAGGCGAUGAUCAGGCUCCUGAGGAGGUGCUAAUUGCAUUGACUAGUUACGUGCUUGAGGUGCUUGACCUUUUCGGACUGGAGGGACUUCAUGCCGAGUUUUCUGCCAUGAUGCGCCGUCGAUUCACUGUUUCAGUCAAAAAGCAGCAGCUGAAUGAAAGGGACGAAUUGGUUAGCAGGGACGAACAGGAGGCUCUACUUUACUCUUUGAUCAAAUUUCGUGCUGCUGUGCGAGAAGAAGCUUUGCGUGACCUUAAUCAGUCAGGCAACAUGCGCAUUCUUGCGUUAUGUGACACAUUGCGCAACGAGGAGCUACCUCAGUUAGGUAUUCAAGUCGAGGAUCUUGCGCCAGGAUCCUCCGUGUUUAAGCUGCUCUCGCUUGAAGAACGAGAAGCAGUUCGAAGAGUAGAAUCAGAUGAACAGGAAAUAAAAACUGAUGGCGAGGCAGCGCUAGAACUGCGGAACAAACAGCAGGAGCUUGAGAUGCUGAUGCAGAUUGCUCCCUCAGAUUUGUUCAGGAAAUCGCCGGAGUUUGCCGACCGAUUCAACAUGUUUGACACGAAUGGAUUCCCAACGCUCGAGAAUGGCGAGCCUAUUAAGAAAAGCCAACGUAAGAAGCUUGCGAAGAAAUUGGCCAAAUAUGAAAAAUCCUACAUGAAGUACUGGAAAACCCGAGACAAUGGUCAGUAA